GUUGCAUUGGCUUGUUCUGAUAUGAGUCAAACCUGCUCAGUGUCUUUAUAAUUCAUCAUCUGCAUCCUACUCUUCUUCAACCAGUUCCUCCAACACAUACUACCAGCCUCGACCAGCCCUGCCUGGCCUUGACAAUCCCGCUUCAACAUCCACCACUUGCACCUUGCACAUCUUGCACUCUCCCACAACAACGACAUCAUGGCCGACAUGUGGGCUCACGAGUUCUGCCUCGGCUGCGACAAGCAGACUGAUGGGACCGCCUACUGCUCAGAAUCUUGCCGCCUGGCCGACUUUGAGAAGACGUCUACCUCUGCUGCCAGCUCCCCUGGCUUCAACACCUCGACCGGACCGUGGACCUCAAGUCAGAGGCAAUCCAGCCGAUUCUACCUCCCUCCCGCCAUCGACUUUUCCAACGCUCAGUCAUACGGCUCCCUGUCCUCAGCCAACACGUACCUGCCCACAGGUUCCUCACCAAACACCGCUCGUCCCCUGACGGCUUCGAGCUCGAACACCAGCCUCGCUUCCAUGGGCAGCAACGCGUCGUCCAAUACGGAUAGCUAUCUGCAACUGAACGAGAAGACACAGAAGGAGCUCUGCGGUUACGCUGCAUCCUUCGACAGCAUCAGGACCCAGCGACGACGCUCGUACUAGGCUCGAAGAUCAUCACCACCAACAACCACGCAACACAUCCAUCCUCAAUAACACCUUGACACAACAUUUUACAACACACAACUCACUCGAUCAUGUCUUUCUUUCUUCUUUCUCUUAUCUUUUCUCUCUCGGCAUAUCACCACAAAUCGACACAAUCUCCUUUGGUCUGGGGUCAUCUGCUGUAACACGUGUACGGGCAUUACACCGGAGUACUGCAUCAUAAAAAAAGUUUGGGGGGGAGUCAUGGCGGUCCAUCGACCUUGUCAUUGACGGCAAGGCGAGUUCCGGAUGGCACACCACGGCGCAACAACUGUUUAUACCACACUCGACGGAGGGCGGGGAUGUAUGGAAGCUCAUGGACGACACAUUAGGCUCGGCACCAUACGGGCUUGAAGACCAUGACAUGGGAAAGGACCUCAACGGCGGGACAGAGGCAGGAUACCCACGGGAAUGGCGAGGCGUUUAGGGAUUUCGCAACGGUACGGCAUCGGGGGUUCGGGGCAUUGGAUGCCCGGGAGUAUCUCCGGAGCGUACUCAGGUAGCUGAUCCUCAGCGCACAGCGACUGUAGAGAUCUUGCAUGGCUCGCAGACAGCCAACAAAGCAUAGCAUCAAACGUCAGAUUG